CAGCAAGGAGGUUCAACCCACGCAGUAUCGUGGUAAUGUUCGUGUCAGCCCGCAACGAGACUCGAUAAAUUAUAUGUCGUAACGACGGCGGAAUUGGCGGUGACUUCUGGGAAACCGACUAUAGCAACAUCCGACAAGAACAGGCAGGGUAGCUAGUGACACUGGCUUAUAUAUUCUCUAAUAUCUUGCAUACUAGAGGAAAAUCCUUUGUUCUAUAUUCACAUAUCCCACCAAUAUUUGAGUCUUUGGUCCACAUCAUGGCAGUAUCGACAUCCCAAGUUCCGACGGAUGUGUUGUCCCUCGUCCAUGGACAGUUAGACGACCGGCUUCAAGUUGGCAAAGAUGUCCCCUCUAUUUUGGAGCAAGUUCAAGACGCCUGGGCUAGCGUCCUUGGUAUUGAUCCUGGAAAGAUCAGAGCUGACGAUAGCUUUGUGUCUCUCGGGGGAAAUUUGAUUUCGGCUCUGCGAUGCGUUGAGAAGUGCGCAGCCUUGGGGAUUCGGGUCACUGUUGGGGAUAUAUUUCAGUCCCAGACAAUCGCUGGACUGAUCGAAAACCAUGCGCCACAUGAAUCUAGGCUGCAAGGAGAUUUGACCAAAUGCGUCCGCUUGUCUCCAAUUCAGGAGCUUUUCCUGACAGCAAAUCCUGUUGAAUACGGGCAGUAUAACCAGACUGUCGUCCUUCGUCUUAACCAGCCUAUGACCCCAGAGGAUAUACUUGCAGCAGCAAACUCGCUUGUUAAAAGACACGCUAUGCUCCGGGCACGCUUCACCAUGUCGCCGGAUGGUGAAUGGACCCAGAUGGUCACAGAGGAAACUACACAAAGCUUCCGCUGCCAACACCAUCAGAUUGCAAGUGCGGUUGAGAUCCAAGAUAUCAAUGCGUGCUCUAGCAGAUCAUUGAACAUCCAUGACGGUCCCCUCUGGAUCGUUAGUUUGAUGGACGAAAGCAACGGCACCGGACAGUACUUGUCUCUGAUUGUGCACCAGCUGGUAGUGGAUGCCGGUUCAUGGUCGGUGAUUCUCGCCGACCUGAAGAGGUUGCUCGAGUCCGGUACCAGUCCACAGGGUUCGUCCAAACCCUUUCUCACAUGGGUUUCGGAACAGGCACAGUAUGCAGAGGCAAAUCUACUGCAGCGCAAGGCCUUACCCGCCAGCCAUAUCUCCGAAGCUGAGCAAGUCAAUGAGUACGAAUGCAGCGGAAUUCCAAACACCGUUGACGAUUCCAACCUGUAUAGCUUCACGCUGGACAAAUCCAUCACUAAUAGUCUCCUGGGAGACGCGAACAAUCCUCUCAACACAGAGCCUUCCGAGAUUAUCCAAGGAUGUAUACUUUACGCAUUCACCCAGGUCUUUACGGACAGACCUGCGCCGACCAUCUAUGUAGAAGGACAUGGACGAGAGCCGUGGACGGACACGAUUGACCUAGGCUCUACUGUGGGCUGGUUUACAACGAUCUCGCCGACGUAUAUUGAGACAGCACCGGACGAAGCGUUGACAGGGCUCAUCAUGCGCACUCGGGGUAGUCGGCGACAGCUGCCUGCGAACGGCUGGGCCUACUUCACGUCCCGAAUGUUAAAGCAGGAUGGGCGGAAGGCAUUCGAUGCGCGACGGCCGUUUGAGAUCUUGUUCAGAUAUACAGACAUCACCAAUCUGAGUUACGGAACUGAUUCCCCGUUCUCCGUUAAAUCGGUCCAUAUACCAGGUGCGACGAGCGGGGGGAUGCAAAGAUUGAGCCUCGUGGAAGUCAAUGCACUUGCAGGAAGUAAUGGUCUGGUGGUGGACAUCCGAAUCAACAAGCACAUGGAGAACCAACAGAGGCUCCAACAAUGGGUUGGUAUAUGCGAAAAUACAAUAAAAGAUGCCGUUGUGGAGCUGAACGUUCUAUGUCUGAAGCAUAAACUGUCUGAUUACGCCGUACGAGAGGAGCGGCUGCGAUACCUUGUCGAGAAUCUGCUGCAUGGAGCAGCAUCAAUUGAGGACAUUUAUCCUUGUACGCCUUCCCAGCGUGGGAUCUUGCUCAGUCAACUUCGUGAUCCUCAGCAGUACUACAAUCGAUACACAGUCGAGGUCCUUCCUGCCAACGGUCGCCCUGCGGUUGACCCCUGGCAGCUUGCGAGGGCAUGGAAGAGGGUUGUUGCCCGACAUGCAGCGUUAAGGACGAUACUGGUAACGGUGAAUAACGACGACAUCUUGGACCAGCUAGUCCUCAAGGACUACGCGCCGGAGGUGCCUAUCAUCCUAGAAGCAGGGAUGACAGACUUUGCACAGGGCCGGAAACAGGACUACAGCAACCGCGCCGACGAUCUAAGGCCUACAACAAAAGCUACAAUCUACGUGGAGCCCAACGGUCGUGUCAUCCUGGAUAUGACUAUCAGCCACAUGUUUGUAGACGCAACUUCGCUACAGGUGUUAAUGCGAGAUCUGACACUUGCAUAUGGUGGCAACCUGGACCUGGCCAACCGGCCGCUUUUCAAAGACUUUGUGCUCGAGAUAGGGGAGCAAUCCGACAAAGACCAAUACUGGAAGCGAUAUCUUGAGGGGGUCAAGCCUUGCCAUAUACUUAGUAACAAUACAUUGUUGGCUGCUCCCUUGCCCUCUACACAUGCAAAGAUGCAGUACAUCCGCAUGGAACAGUUUCUCGAAACACGCGAGUUAAAGGCAUUCUGUGCAAGGCAUGGGCUUCUCCUCACAAAUAUACUACAUGUCGCUUGGGGGCUGGUUAUUCGGUGUUAUACCGCUAUGGACAACAUUUGCUUCAGUUAUACCACGUCUGGCCGGGAGCGUGCUGUCCCUGGUAUCAAGGACUGCGUUGGACUGUUUGUCAAUGUACUUAUCCGCCGACUCACAUUCGACGACGAGCAGCCAGUACUGGAUGUUCUGCAGUCAACCCAAAAGUCAUUCCUGGAGAGCCUGGCCCACCAAGACUGCUCCUUUGCAAACAUUCAGCAUUCUGCAAAUCUCGUCGGACAGUCAAUCUUCGAUUCGUCACUAUCGAUUCACUACCACGAGGCAGCCGAGAAAAAGGCAGUCAACCCGGCAAUUAUAUUACGUCGUCUGGACGCAGAUGGCAUCACUGAGUAUCCCAUCGUCCUAAACAUUGCUGUUGACCAGGAAGACGUCGAGCUCAUUCUUUCUUAUUGGAACACUGCCAUGACGCGUGAUUUUGCAACUACCAUUGCCCAGACCUACCACCAGGUGAUAAUGGAAAUACUACAGGGCCAGUGCCGCGUGGGUGAGAUUGAUAUAUUGCCUCCAGUGAGCCGAAAUCAGAUUGCAAAAUGGAACCAAAACGUACCCCAGGAAUUCAUGGGGUGUGUGCAUGAUCUGGUUGACGCUCAUGUCGUACAGACGCCACAAGCAACAGCUGUCUGUAGCUGGGAUGGCUGCAUGACGUACAAGGAGUUGGACAAUAUGUCCACUCGUCUUGCGGCUGACCUGGUUAUUCACGGCGUUGGUCCUGGGGUCUUCGUGCCAGUUUGUCUGGAGAAAAGCAAAUGGGUGCCCGUAGCUGUUCUGGCCGUCCUCAAGGCCGGCGGGGCCUUUUUGCUACUGGAUCUCUCCGUGCCACAAUAUCGCUUAAGAGAGAUGUGUCUGUCCCUCGAAGUGAGUCUGGUUAUUGUUUCUGGCAAAAGCACCGCACUCGCGCCGGUGCUGGCACCCGACUGGAUUGUUCUGAGUGAGACGUACCUAGGCGGGGAUCAGGAUCGAUGCAAUACAAAGGUUACGAACGCCGAUAUAAGUCCUCAGAGUCCUGCCUUUGUCCUCUUUACGUCUGGGUCUACAGGGAAACCGAAGGCUAUUGUGACCGAGCACAGGGCGUCGUGCUCCCAGCUUGCGGACCACGGCAGGAUCUUUCGCUUGGGCCCUGCGUCUCGAGUUCUCCAGUUCUCUUCUCAUUCGUUUGACGUUGCCUGUAUUGACAUCCUAUCCUCUCUAUGCACCGGGGCCUGCCUCUGCAUACCGUCCGAGGAGGCGCGCCUAAACCGACUGUCUGAAGUAGCUGCCUCGUUCGGGGUCACAUAUAUGUGCACCACCCCAAGCGUCGCUCGAUUACUCGACCAGGCCAUGAUUCCUACGCUGAAGACGAUCGUUUUGGCCGGCGAGCCCGCCUGUCGAAAUGAUAUUGUUACAUGGGGCUCACGGUUAAUCAUCGGAUACGGUCCAGCGGAAGGAGGAAUCGCAACCGUCCGAUCCCCGGUAUCGCUGGACCAGGAAAUUACGAAUAUUGGCAAGGCAAUUCCAGGUGCGCGGACAUGGAUUGUGAAUGGAGACAACCAUAACCAACUCCUCCCUCCUGGCGCGGCGGGCGAGCUUCUUAUUGAGGGCCCGGUCCUGUUUCGCGGGUACCAUAACGACCCUGAGAAGACACAGUGCAACUUGAUAAGUUCCCCGGCCUGGAGCUCAUUGUUCGACAUUCCUGCCCAUCACCGCUUUUACAAAACUGGUGAUAUCGUACACUAUGCAGAUGACGGCAGCCUUGUGUUCCAAGGGCGUCGGGACGAUCAGGUCAAGCUCCGAGGACAGCGCAUUGAGCUGCAGGAGGUUCAACACUACGUGAAACAAAGCUUUGCAGACGUCGACGAGGCUGUUGCUGAUAUUAUAAAGCCACAUGGCGACGUUCAGCAGGAAGCCCUAAUAUGCUUUGUUCUACCGCUGGAUGCGGAGAAACGCCGUGUCGCUUCGCAGAAUCACCCCCAGAUGCCCUUCCUUCCUCCAUCGGAGACGUUUCGUACAGAAGCGAGGGCAGCCGUGGCCAAACUACAAGAGCUCGUUCCUCAGUUCAUGGUCCCUGCUAUCUUCCUCCCGCUUGCCUACUUGCCGGUGACCUCGAGUGGCAAGGUCGAUCGAAAGGCCAUACGGAAGAAAGCUCAGGGCCUGACGAUCCUUGAUAUGGAGCCGUACAGCGUAGCGCAGCUGACCAGACGGGGCCCCUCCGGGCAGGUCGAAGAAACACUCCAUGCGGUGGCAUCUAGCCUUUUAAACCAACCGCCAGACUCUCUCGGUGUUGACGAUGACUUGUUUCGUCGGGGGCUUGAUUCGAUCUCUUUGAUCCGGUAUGUCGGGCUUCUGAAAAGGGAAGGAUUGCAGCUAUCAGUCUCGGAUGUCUUUAACCAUCCCCGGAUAUCCGAUCUCGCUCUCCUGGUUAAGGAUGUCGAACCCCAGAGCAAGGGUGACAGCGACGGACCGAGAAAAGGCAUGAUCCGGUUUCGCGCUUUGCAAGGCAUGGCACACUCACUCAAAGGCCCAUUGCGGUUUGAGAUCCCUUUCGAUAUGGCAACCGUGGUCGAUAUCCUGCCUACGACGGGCUUUCAGCGUGAAUACCUUCGCGGCUCUCACCAGGCCUAUUUUGCCAUCCACCUCUCGGGCCAUCCUAACCUGGUCCGCUUACAAGCCGCUCUCAGAGCCGUGCUGGAGAGCCAUAGUUCAUUGCGCACUUCUUUCGUUUCGGUGAACGACACCAUCAUCCAGGUAGUUCAGCACCCAUUCGAUUUCUCGGUCAGAGAGAUUGCAGCCAAGGACCAGGACUGCAAACUGGAUGUCCACCAGGUGUGUCGAGAAGAUGUGGCGGUGCCGGUUCCAUGUGGGCGUCAGUAUUUUCAACCUUUCCUCAUUCGCGAAACCAAAGAUCACUCAACCUUGGUACUGAGACUUUCACACGCUCAAUACGAUGGUUGGAGCAUACCGCUUCUGAUGCGUGAUAUCUCCCGGUGUUACUGCGACGAUCAGCUCGUGCCACCGCCGACAUUCUCUGACUUCAUGGCGACUCGGGAGUCACUAUUAAAUAGUCCCUCAACAUAUGAAACAUGGGCAAGUAUUCUCAGAGGAUCAUCGAUGACAUUCAUCCCCACCAGCGGUCUAUCCGAGUCCCCAAAUUCCGACGACCAGGAUGCCAUUAUUGAGCGACAAUGCACCGUGUCAAUGCGCGAUUCACCAGCUGCAACUGUUGCCAUUCUCCACAAGGCUGCAUGGUGUUUAGUUCUUGCUCGGUGGGCAGAUACCCGCGACCUUGUGUUCGGCCAAGUUGUUAGCGGUCGAAACCUGCCAAUGGAUGGUAUUGAGGAACUUGUCGGCCCAUGCGUUAAUAUGAUCCCGGUUCGAAUUAAGCUAGAGGAUGCCUGGACUGUUCAGGACCUCCUUGACACUCUCCUGCAACAGCAUAUACAGAGCCUGGAGAUUGAAGCUGUUGAUUUGGAAGAUAUCGUGGAGCGAAGUACCGCAUGGCCAAAGGGGACGUGCUUUGGAAGUGUUGUCCAGCACCAAAACAUCCCAGGGCUCGACGGUCCUCCCUUUAGCCUUGGGGAGCUUUCUGGCCGUCUUGCCAUCCAUGCAUUUAACUACCUCCCCGCGUACCCGGUCAUCUACUCGGAGCCAACGGGGGAUGAUCAACUUACCCUUCGGAUCACAGCUAACAGUCGACUGAUGGAUGCAGAGACUGUCAGUGCACUCUUGAAAGAUUUCAAGGAUAUUUUAAUUCGGCUGCCCUCCAGCCUGGACCAGAUUAUCACGGCAUUAGAAUGAAUGCGUUAUAUCCUGUCGGCUAUUAAGGCCCGCAGUUCAUAACAAUACAUACGGCCCGUUAGCAACGGGAGGCUACGAAC